GCACUCAAUGUAAAUCAGCAGUUGCGAUGUCAUGCAAUCGGAAGCUUAUUUGUCGUUACAGUGACGUCACUAUGGGUAGGGACAUUCAAGAUCUCGAUUGGAUGAAACAGUGAACAGAUGAUUUACGUCAAGUGCAUGGUCAAAUAAAUACUAGUGUAUAGUCGGUGAAGACGUAUAAUGUCUCUGGACCAGUACUAUUGGACUUCAAUCGAUGUAAACAAAUGUUGGGGAUGUGACAUUUGUAUUUGAAAUAUCUCGAAUUUGUUACGGAUAUGUUUCACGAAAAUCAGUGAAUGUGGAAAACUGUUAUGAACUCCUACCAACACCUGACCUAUCGUAAGAACCUAUUAAGGGAGGAUCAUUUAGUAUCGCCGAUAAAGAACAGAAAUAUUGACAUGACUUAAUUUGUCUCGUGAGUGUGAAUUGUGGUAAAAAAGUUUCUUUCUAAAGAUUUAAUUUCAAGCUAAGUAAGUGGAACAGUCUAGCAUUUCAACAGAAUCAUGCAAUAAUAUAGUUGUGUGGUAAUUGUAAGUUAUGAGUGAAUCUGAUGACACAGAUUUACUUCUUUUAAUUCCUCCAGACUUCUUUGUUAUACAUUCUGAUUCAGAAGAUUCAUUACAAAGUUUUAAAAAGAACUGUAGUGAUCACCGUUUUAAUGAACUAAUAAGUCAUGUGAAUGAAUUAGAAGAACGAAUAAAUUUCAUUGAGAAUAAAGACACUUCAUAUUCUGAAAGUUUGUCUCAAGCAAAUAGAAUUAACCAGCCUAUUGAUUAUUCAUUAAUUGAUGCAUCGAACUUCCACACUGUUCAUGGCCGAGAUGUGGCUCUGAGACUUAAUUCUUUGACUUUUUCAGGAUUUCAGUUUGGAUGUAGUGAUGAUUCUUCAGUGCAAUAUUUGGAACCUUGUAUUAUGAGUUCAUUAGAAGACAAAAAUCAUCCACAGACAGUUUCACCUGUUAGUUAUUUCAGAUCUCAAGGCCCUGAAAAGAGUGAUCCAUUUGAAAAUCCUACUCGUCUUUCACAAGUUCAUUCUUCAGAAUCUUCCAAUCAUUUGUUGAAUUCCAUUAUACCAGUUGAUAAUACAGGGUCUAAAUUUAUUAAGUGCGUUACAGCUGAUGAAUCUCACGAUCCCUAUAGAUUUUUUAAUCAUUCUCAACCAUUUCAUUUUAGUUUUCUAAGUGAAAUAGAUGAAUUCUUAGAAAAGAAAAGUAAAGUCUUAAGUGGAAGUCUCCCUUGCAAUGGUUUGCCCGAUUAUCAGAGAAAAGAGAAAAUCAGUCGAUUAAAGGUUUCCAAUGAAAAUACAAAUUCUGAAAAUGAAUAUCAGGCUUUCGUUAAACUUUCCUCUACUAAUUCAGUGGCUAGUGAAAAAAGGUACUUUGAUGUUGAUCAACAAGAAAAGCCCCUUGUACACAUGCAACAACAAGCUUAUAACACAUUUUUUGACAUUUCUGGCAUUGCUGAAUCAGAAGAAAUGAACACAAAAAAAAAUAGAGAAGAAUUUCAUGACCUAAAAAAUGGGGCAAACAAUGCCACUAAGGAAAAUCAUAGUAGAGAGCAUUUACCAGACCACAAAGAAUUGAAUUCCUCAAAAUUUAGUGAAAAUGCAAUGUAUAGCCCAAGUGAAAAGUUCUUGAGGGAAAAUAGUAUUUAUGGAGCAAUGGAUAAGUCCCCUGCCCCAAGUAACGAAAAGUUUUUAUGUAGUUCCCGGUCACCUUAUUUUAAUGAUACACAGUUUAGAAGAAAUUCAGUAGCAAAACAUCCAACAUCUUGUAAUGGAGAGAAAGACACGGUUCACCCAAGUUUAAAUAAAAAUUGUGAUCAUGAAUAUGAAAAAAAUCAGUUUGGUUAUCAGAGUGAUUCAGCACAAUUCGUGGAUUGCUAUUCCAACCAUUUUGAUAAUUCCUUUAAUUCUCCAAUUCAUAAAAACGAAAUUCCACUUACUGAGGGUAUUUUUCCCAAUAAGAACAUACAUUUUUAUCAAAUUUCAAAGGAAUUGGAUCAGCCAAGAAAUUUUGCACAGUCUGGGGACAAUUCACUUCAGUCAAAAUUAGAGUGUGUGCAAAGUUGUGGUAACAAUGAUGGUGCAUCCAAUUUGAAACUCUGUAAAGAUAAAUUAAAGAAUGAUCUUAUAACAGAAUGUGGACACACUACUAAUUUGGAAUUGCCUGAAAAAUCUUUGAAUCCAGAAGAAUAUAUUCAAAAGCAAGCUUCACAAAAGAUGGGUAAUACAAGGAGAGACAAUGAGAAAUACAUUUCUAAAUCAAGUGAAUCUAACCAAAAUUGUGAACUUUCAAAUGGGCGUGGUAUUGUUUCUAAUAAUCAGUCAGUGAAAGUUGCUUCAAAACUUCCAUAUCAAUCAAUGAAUGAAUGUUUAAUCAAUCAAACUGAAGAAAAAAAUGUGGUGCCCCUUAAUGCAACAGAUGGAAUUGGUAAAGGGGUGCCUGUUCUUGCAGAUGAUGGAUAUUAUUCAUCAGUUGGAACAGGUUCAAGUGCAAUAAAUUUCUUAAGUCUAUCCAAUUUGUGGGGGCAAGGAGCAAAAGAAUCACAAAAAAGUGAAGUGAUGACUAUUGAGCAGAAGUUGGAAGAAGAACAUUAUAGAAGAAAACAUUGUGAAAAUGUCAUUCAAAAGCUUCAGUGUACUGUAUUGGAACUGCAACAAAAGUUAGCAGUGGCUAUGAGAGUAGAUCAAUCCAAAGACAAUACUAUUCACCAGCUGCAAACUGCUUGGAAACGUUUAGUUACUCACUGGCAGGAGCUUGAAGAACAAAGGCAUGCAAUAUCUGUUAGAUACAGUGAGGAAAAGGAGAAACACCAGCAAUAUGUGACAGAAAUGAUGCAGAAAGUAAAACAGUGUGAGCUUGAGUUAUCAAAAGCUUUAGAUUUAGCUAAAGGGUACAAAGAAAAAAAUGAAAUAAUGGAAAAUAAACUGAAAGACCUAGAGAAUGUUCAUGUAGAAGAAAAGCAGACAUUGCAAGUGUCCUUGCAAGAAAAGCAGAAACAUCUUUUGGAAGCUGAAGAAAAGUUGAAAGUUUUUCAGCAUGAUAUUGUAGAAGUAGAAGAAAAAUUAGAAGCAGCCAAGAAGAAGGCAUGUGAAGAAAGAGAGUCUGCUGUGAAGUAUCAACAAGAAAUGAAAAAUGCACAGCAGAUGUUGGGAAAUCUUGAAAAUGAAACCAUUGUCUUGAAAGAAGAGAAUGAUGCCUUGCGUCUCAGGGUAAAAGAAGAAAAAUCCAGAAACAGUAUUGCAGAUCAACAGAUAAAAAGUUUGAAAAUUGCUUUAGAUGAAAGUAAAAAGAAUGAAAAAAUAUUGCAAGGGAAAUUAAAAGAGCAAGCAAAUAUUUUGGAAAAGUCUAAAUCCGAAUUGCGAGAUUAUUACCAACAGCAAGUAGAGUUUGUGGUGCAGGAGAAACUUGCGGAAUUCCAAACUCAGCUGGACACAGCAGAGGCUUCCCUGCACCAGGAAAUGGAGGAGAGAGAAAAGGUUGCAUUGGAAGCUGCAACCAAGCAAAUUAAACAUAUCACAGAAAAAAAUCUUCUGGAAGUGAAAUUGUUAGAAGAAAAACACAGAGAAGAACUUCAUCUGUGUAACUUGCAAGUUGCCCAUGCAACACAGAAAAUAAACCAACUACAAGAUCAGCUACAGACCUACAGUAAUCGCAAAGUUGAAAUUGUUGAGAAAUUACAUACUGUCAUGGAAACACAAUGGCAGGAAGCAUUGCGCAUCAUAAGUGGUAAUAGUCCACUCACUCAGUCUUUUCAAGAACAGCAGCAUGAAGUAUUGAGAAAGAAUAUUUCUGAGAGUAUUCCAGAUAAGGAUCUGAAACGUUCAACUAGUGGGCAUUGUACUGCUGUGCCUCCUUUACUUGUACCUCACAGUAGCAGUUCUUCAACAACCGAUGAUGUGCCAUUCAAUAAGGAAGAUCAGCUUACUUACCGAGCUAGCAGUGAGCACCCAUUGAAAUAUGAAGGUGACAUUAAAUCUGAAAAUCCUGACGUUGUUAAGAAAUAUAUUGAAAUGUUAUUGAAUCGUCCUCCUGGUGAUCCAUUGGAACCUGAGAUGUCAUGUGAAAGAAGUGGCAUUGAAGAGACAUCCCUAACUGAAGAAAAUACAUUACCAAAAUGGGGAAAUAUUAUGAUAUUGUAUAUAUUAGUUGUAGUUUUCUGUUAUAACAGUGCUGAUGAGGGAGACAGAACAGUCUCUGAAACAUCAUAA